AACCCAACACCUUCCACACAAUUCCAUCAAACCACCAACUAGUAAUCAUUCAAAAAAAACCAACCAAUGAAGCUCAUUUCAUCUCUCAUCUUCUUCCUCCUAAUCUCCAUACCACAUUCCUCUCCCACUCCAACCAAACCAAGAAAAAGACUCCAAAUCCACAAACCAUGCAAAACACUAACAUUCUACUUCCACGACAUCAUUUUCAACGGCCACAACUCCAAAAACGCCACGUCAGCAAUCGUAGGAACACCACCAUGGGGCAACACAACAACCUUAGCAAACCAAAACCACUUUGGUGACUUGGUUGUCUUCGAUGACCCAAUCACAUUGGACAACAAUCUACACUCUCACCCUAUUGGUCGUGCUCAAGGAUUUUACAUUUACGAUAAAAAGGAAAUUUUCACUUCAUGGCUUGCUUUUUCUUUUGUCUUUAACUCUACUCAUCAUAAGGGUACCAUAAAUUUUGCUGGUGCUGACCCUUUGAUGAAUAAGACUAGGGACAUUUCGGUCAUUGGUGGGACUGGGGAUUUUUUCAUGACUAGGGGUGUGGCUACUCUUUCCACUGAUGCUUUUGAAGGUGAAGUUUAUUUUAGGCUUCGAGUGGAAAUUAAUUUGUAUGAAUGUUGGUAGUUAAUUAGCUACAUCAAUAUUUGAUUUUUUUUUUUGUUGUUCGUUGGUAUUUUUUGUUGUUUCUUUUUUAUUUUCUGAUGCAAAAUUGUAUAAUGAUUCGGAUUAACAUAAUGUGUGAAGUUUGUUUUAUGAGAUUAAUUAAUUUCUUGGAUAUUUUUUAUGUCAUGUCA